AUGGGCUGGUCCUCCGUCCUGAAGAGCCUCUUCACAGUUUUUGUCUUUAGCAUCUUGGUUGUCGGCUCUGUAGAGAGUUACACAUGUCUACAAGCUACGUGUCAAACUGCAAACUGUCCUGAGCCUUCAUCUACUUGUGACACCAUUGUUGGCUGCUUCAACCAAAUACAGAAAUUAGAAGCACCACUUCCGGGUUCAAACCAAGUACUUGAGCAAAGAGGGUGUAAUACAGAUUCAAAAACAUGUGGAUUGGAAUUCUCAGCAACGCUGGGGAGUCAACAGACAUUUAAAUACAAGAACCAAUGCUGCACCACUGACAAAUGCAACAAAGAAAACAUAGCACUGUCUCGAUCAUCAGAAAUCAAUGGUGUUGAAUGUACUGCCUGCUACAGUGAGCAAAACAAGACAUGCAGCACAAUGACUACCCUGAAGUGCACAGGGGCAGAGAGAAAGUGUCUUGAGGUUACCGGUACAGAUCAAUUUUCUAAUUUAAUAUUUUAUGGAAAAGGGUGUGCAACUGAAAAUACUUGCUCACUGGAUAUGAAUGUCUUCAAUAACAUAAAGAUUAAAACCUUGUGCAUCCCAGCAACCAAUGGAAGCCCCAACUUCAAAUCCAUUGCAUUCCUUCCAAUUGUUCUGCUCCUUCUGAAAAUCUUGCUUUGAUCAUCCAGGCACUGACAAUCCCACAAUACUAUGCAAUAGACCCAUUGGUAUACUUGGAUGGCUAUUUCCAAAACAUGGAACAAAUGAAAACUGUUCUUUAUGUAAAAACUUAAGUUCGUUUUUUGUAAUGUCAGGGAACAUACAAAGAUGACUAUUUCUGAAUGUCCCCUCUUCUCCUUAAUAUAAUACUAGAAGUCCUAGCCAGAGUAAUUAGACCAAUCAAAGCAGUAAGCAAGUGAAAUUAAAUCUGAAA